AUGGUAUUUUCAAGUACGACUGUAACUAAAGGACGUGGUAAAGGUAUUGCUGUUAAUAUUGGCAUGAAAACUGAAAUCGGUAAAAUUGCAAAAACAUUGGCUUCCACUUCUGUUGUAACGCGAACUCCUUUACAAAAAAAAUUGGAAAUUCUUGCUUAUGCAUUAUUCGGAUUAGCGAUUAUUUUAGCUAUUAUAGUAUUCGGUGUAAAUAAAUGGUUAGUAAACAAUGAAGUUGUCAUCUAUGCAAUUUCACUUGGUAUCUCUGUCAUUCCUGAAGGACUUGUUGCUGUGAUUACAUUAACUAUGGCUUUUGGUGUACGACAAAUGGCUAAAAAUUAUGCUAUUGUCCGUAAAUUAAAUGCUUUAGAAGCUUUAGGAUCAGUUACAAAUAUUUGUUCUGACAAAACUGGAACACUAACACAGAGUAAAAUGAUUGCAACUGAUGCUUGGCUUCCAGGUGAUGGUCUUUAUAGAAUUUCAGGUAGAAAUGGGUUUAGUCCCGAAGGGAAAAUUUAUCGGUGUGGAACAAAUGGAACAAAUGAAACUUCAGAAAUUGAAGUUGAGGAUGAAGAAGUUACUUCGGACAACAUGAGAUAUGCUUUUACACGUUUAGUUCAAGCUUCAGCACUUUGUAAUAUGGCCGUCAUUAAAAAAGGCAAAGGCGAUGAUGAAUGGCAUGCAAUUGGAGAUCCAACCGAGUCAGCUCUUCAAGUUUUCGCUCAUAAAGCUGGACUAUCAAAACCAGUCCUCACAGCAGAACCAUUCAAAUUUGAAUUAGUUCAAGAAUAUGCGUUUGACACUGAAUUGAAACGUAUGUCUGUUGUAUGUAAAGAAAAAUCUACGGACGCAUAUUAUGUUUUCCUUAAAGGCGCAACAGAAUCUGUUUUAAACCAAUGUACAAAAAUACAAUUUGGUGAAAACGAAGUAAAUCUUGAUCGAGAAAAGUUUGGACCUGAAUUAUAUAACGAAUUGGAAAAACUUGCAAGCAAAGGGAUGCGUGUGUUAUCAUUGGCAUACCGUCGAGUUAUUAAAUCAGAUAUUGAAAUAUCAAAAUGGACACGUGAAAAAGCUGACACUGAUAUGAUCUUCUUGGGUUUGGUUGGUAUUUAUGAUCCACCGCGACCCGAAUCCAAAGCUGCCAUUCAAAGAUGUUUUGGUGCCGGAAUUGAAGUUCAUAUGUUAACUGGUGACCAUCCUACUACUGCUUCUGCCAUUGCAAAAGAGAUUGGUAUUCUUCCUCUUUUAUGGUCUCCUGAAUUAGAAAAUGAAGGGAAAUUUAAUUCACAACUUGUAAUGACUGCCGCACAGUUUGAUGCACUUUCUGAUGCAGAAGUAGACAAUCUUUCAGAACUUCCAAAAGUUAUUGCUAGAUGUAUCCCGGAUACAAAAGUAAAAAUGAUUGAUGCUUUACAUCGACGAAAUAAAUACGUUGCUAUGACCGGUGAUGGAGUAAAUGAUUCACCCAGUUUGAAGAAAGCCGAUGUCGGAAUUGCUAUGGGAUUAGGUGGUAGUGACGUAGCUAAACAAGCUAGUGAUAUUGUACUUUCUGAUGAUAAUUUUGCAACAAUUGUUAAUGCAAUUGCUGAGGGACGUCGAAUUUUUAGCAAUAUCCAAAAAUUUAUUUUACAUUUAUUGAGCGGAAAUUCCGGUGAAAUUGUUACAUUAAUUAUUGGACUCUCUUUCAUUGAUAGCGAUGGUAUAUCAGUUAAUCCUAUGUCACCUUUACAAAUUCUUUUCUUAAAUAUGAUUACAAGUUCACCGCCAGCUAUGGGAUUAGGCGUUGAACGUGCAUCUAGUGACAUUAUGAGGUACCCACCACGUUCAAAAGGGGGACUUUUCACAUGGGAAGUGAUAAUUGAUAUGAUUUAUUAUGGAAUUGUUUUAGGCGGAUUGUCAUUAGCAAAUUUCGUUAUUGUAGUUUAUGCUAUAGGAAAUGGAAAUCUUGGGCAAAAUUGUAAUUCUUCACCAUUUGGACAAGAAUGUGCUCCAAAUGAUCCUACAUGUGAUCCAAUUGCAUUAGAAAUUGCGUGUCAUCAAAUCUAUCGUGCUAGAGGAACUACAUUCGCCACAAUUACUUAUAUUUUAUUAAUUCAUGCAUAUAAUUGUCGGUCAUUAAGAGAUCCUAUUUGGACAAUGAAAUUAUAUGAUAAUAAGAUACUAUUUUGGUCCGUAUUUGGUGGUUUACUAACAGCCAUUCCAACUUUCUAUAUUCCUGAAUUAAAUUCCAAAGUAUUCAAGCAAUUAGGUAUUGGAUAUGAAUGGGGGUUAAUAGUUGGAGCUGUAAUCAUAUUUGAAAUAUUUGUUGAAGUUUAUAAAUUUAUGAAGAGAAGGUAUUUGAAACCUUUAGAGAUUGUCGAAGGAGAAGGAUUAAAACGUCAAUAUUCUUUAAAUGAAUAUCCAUAA